AUGGACAAGAUCAGAGAGAGAAUGAACGCCCUCCGUCUCGAGGCGGACGAGGCUCAAUCGCAGGUCGAGGAGCUUAAGGCCAAGAUCAAAGCUUUGGAACAAGAGAACUUGGCCAAGGAGCAAGAAAUCACUUCAUUGACACACCGCAACCAACUCCUCGAAGGAGAAAUUGAGAAGGUCGAAGGAAACAUGAAGGAAUACAAGGACAAAGCCGAUGUCAGCGCCCAGCACGAUACCCAGAAUGAAGCCUUGCAGAGACGUCUCCAGCUACUCGAGGAGGAAGCCGAAGAAGCAGACAAGAACCUGCGUGAGACCAAUGAGAAACUCCGCCAGACCGAUGUCAAGGCCGGCCACUACGAGCGAAAGGUUCAAGCUCUCGAGGUCUCCAACAGUCAGUGGGAAACCAAGUACGAGGAGAUGGCCAAGAAAUAUGCCGAUCUGCAGAAGGAGUUGCACGAGUUGGAGGUUUCAAUCAGCAAUGUUUAA